UCUUCUUCUUCAGAACAGUUGCGCCACUCCUAAACCCUAAUUCUUCCUCUCCGCAGAAAAAUCUCAGUUUUGAAAGAUGGAUAACAAAGAAGCUUCAGAAGCCAUUAAUGCACUCUCCUCACCGCCUUCUUCAGCAGACACUUCUAUUUCCACAUCUCAGAAUAUGGAUAAUCAAGAGACUUCAGAAGCCAUUGAUGCACUCUCAUUGGCAGCUUCUUCAUCCAACCCUUCAAUUUCAACUUCGCAGAUGAGCUUGGAGGAGAAGUUCAAGAUUGUUAGAAGUAUCGGCGAGGAAUGUAUACAGGAGGAUGAGUUGAUGAAUCUUUUGGCAAAGAAGCCACAACCGGUUUGCUAUGAUGGUUUUGAGCCUUCUGGUCGAAUGCACAUUGCUCAGGGAGUUUUGAAGGCACUAAACGUCAACAAACUGACUUCGGCUGGCUGCAAGGUGAAGAUCUGGAUUGCAGAUUGGUUUGCGCAGCUAAAUAAUAAGAUGGGUGGUGAUCUGAAGAAAAUUGAGGUUGUUGGUCAGUAUUUGAUUGAGAUAUGGAAGGCUGUGGGAAUGAAUCUUGAAGGGGGUCAAGUGGAAUUUCUAUGGUCUUCAAAAGAGAUUAACUCUAGAGCUCAUGAGUACUGGCCACUUGUUAUGGACAUAGCUCGAAGGAACAAGCUUCCCAGGAUUUUAAGGUGCUGCCAAAUUAUGGGUCGGUCUGAGCAAGAUGAGUUGACAGCGGCCCAGAUUUUUUACCCAUGCAUGCAAUGUGCUGACAUAUUCUUCCUUAAGGCUGACAUAUGUCAACUAGGCAUGGACCAGCGAAAGGUUAAUGUACUUGCAAGAGAGUACUGUGAUGACAUCAAGAGGAAAAACAAGCCUAUCAUAUUGUCCCAUCAUAUGCUCCCUGGUUUGCAGGAAGGUCAAGAGAAGAUGUCCAAGAGUGACCCAUCUUCUUCCAUCUACAUGGAGGAUGAAGAGGCAGAUGUAAAUCUCAAGAUAAAGAAGGCUUUUUGUCCACCAAAGGUCGUAGAAAAGAAUCCAUGUCUGGAGUACAUCAAGUAUAUCGUCCUCCCUUGGUUUUAUGAGUUCAAAAUUGAGCGAAGUGCUGAGAAUGGUGGCGACAAGACCUAUAAGAAUUUUGAAGAAUUAGCGGCUGACUAUGAAAGUGGGAACUUGCAUCCUGCAGACCUGAAACCUGCAUUGUCAAAAGCAAUCAAUAAGAUAUUACAGCCGGUGCGUGAUCAUUUUAAGAAUGAUCAGAAAGCCAAAGACCUUAUGAAAAGGGUGAAGAGUUUCAAAGUAACAAGGUGAGGUCUAGUUGAAUGAAGUGACAUGGAUUAGGAUAUGGUGUGGCUGUCUGGAAGUUCCAUUCCAUUUUUCUCCUGUUUCAAAACUUUAAUACCGUGGUUUCCCAGGAGACGUUAACGUCAUAGACAUCCACCAUUUUGAUAUAAUAUUUCUUAUUCUUGUGUUAUUGAAAUGUCCGAAUCAUAAGACUAGAUUUUGUAAACCGUGAUUUCACAGAGGAUACAUUUGUUAGAAUUUAGCAACAUGGUAAUUUCCAUAUAGGAAGUAAUGCCUGUAUCAA